GGCGGCUGCUGCAAUUGUCAAAAAGAGGAGUGAAUUAUUGGAUCAGUGGCGUUACAAUGACUGUACGAGUAAAAAGCGGAAUUUUUUAAAACCGACGGGCUCAACUAUCGACAAAUGUUGCUUUGAAUGGUUCAUCAAGGCGAGAAAUAAAGGAAUUCCAUUGUCAGGUAUGUAGGUAAUUUAUAAUUAUGGAUAACAAGAAUCAUUUCCAAAAAACGUUUUUCCGCCGACCUCUUAAUAAUAGCUCUGUUUAAAGUACAUGAAAUUGCCCGGUAAUGACGCCUUUUAUUGGUAUAUUUCUUAUUAAUGCAUAAUUGUCAUGAGCAACCGAACCCAGAAGUAUUCAGCACCAAUCCGAAUAAUGUCACAACUUCCAGAGAAGUUCAACAAAAAUGAGUAACGAGGAAAAUUUCUCUUUGACACCGCCAGAUGUGGCAGAAACUGCUAAAGCAGCAUCCUUGAAUUUGCUUCCUGAAAAGAGCCGAAAUUUAUACGAGAAAACUUACUCAGAGUUCAUAGCGUGGUGCAGGCAGAAGAGAGUUUCGCACUAUUCUGAGUCAGUAUUGUUGGCAUACUUUACCAGCAUUGCAGAAAAGGGGUUUUUAGCAAGUUUAUGGCCGAAAUACUCUAUGCUGAAAGCAACUUUGAACAUCAAUAACAAUAUUGAUAUUAGCGAAUACCACAAACUAAUCAUGUUCAUCAAACGACAAAAAAUGGGAUACAUCCCGAAAAAAUCGAAAGUGCUCGAAAAAGAACAAAUAAGAGAGAUUAUAGCGAAAGCUCCUGAUAAUAUAUUCCUGAUGACGAAGGUAAAUAUAAAAUGGAAUUGAAUCAAUCGAACCAAUUCUGAUUAUUAUUAAAUAAAAAUAUUGAUGAAUAUUGUUGAGGGAAGAAUACUCCCCCUCUCUGCCCGCUCAUGCCUCCGCCUAAACGAACUGUCAAAUGUAUAUAAGAUCUAUGACCACAGAGUAGAUAAUCGAUGACUACCGAAUCCGAACAGUAUUCGAUGAAUAACCGGCGGACAAUGGUAGUCAAGUGGGUUAUGGGCCAUUAAAGAUUGAUAAAAAAAUUGAUAUAAAUGAAGGCAUAUUGAGUAUUGGUGUUGUGAAAAUAACUUCAAAUAGCAUAAAAUCUAUUUAUCUUCGAUAAUACAUAUUAUAUGUAUCCAUAUUGGCUUUCCAAUUGCACAAUUUGAGCACCCAGUCGAGCACAUGCGUGCGCAGUGCUUCAAACGCAUGUUCCAAAUUGUCGUUUUUAAGAUCUGUGUGUCAAACACGGUUGCGUUUUCCCCUUGCCCCUCAAACACCAGAUAAAGGUUUGCGCUUUUAACACAAACUAUAAAAUUGAGGUUAUGUAGAUUUAGAUGUGUUUUGAAAUUUAAAAAAUGGAAUCACAACCGGGCUGCUUAAAACAACAUUCUCUUACAUUAUUGGAUGCAGAAACGAAUUCGGAAUAUGCAUUAUUGCUCAAUGAAGAAGACUAUAAAAGGGCUCAAAUAGAUGUUGCCUUUGCAUCUACACUAUUAAACUUUGCCAAAAAUGAAGAACUACGGACAGAUGAAUACUUGAACAAGGAAAACAGACAGGAGCUGGAAUCUCCAAAAAGUGAAUCAUGGGAUUACAAUGCUGUUAUUUGUUUGCUUAGUUGUAUGGAAAAUAACAUGGAGGACAUGCAACAUCCCAAAAAAAAGAAAAAUGUAUUCCCAAAUAUUAGCAAUGAACUUUUAAGCAAUGGCUUUAUAUACAACGCUACAGCAUGCUACAACAAAUGGCGCAGUCUGUUAAGAAGUUACAAAAGUACCAAAGAUAAAAACAACAAAACAGGCAGAGGUGCAAGCAGGUUUAUGUUUUUUGAACAAAUGGAUAAUUUAUUAGGAGAUAAACCAUCCAUCAGCGCCCAACAUACAAUGGAAUCUUCAGAAGCAAAUUGUAAUUUAAUUACAGAUAUUAAUACAAGUGACAAUAUGAGUUUAAUUGAAAACCAUACUGAUGUAGAACCUGACUUGGAAGUAAGUUCAGAGAACGAAAAAAGUGCCAACAGCCGAACAAAGUUUUUUCGGAAACGGAAGCGGGAUGUUGAAAUAAAAGAAGAGAAUAAAGAAAAACGACACAAAGACAGAAUAAAUAUUGAAAGAGAAAAGUUAACUGUGGAGAAACAAAAAGUGAAAAUCUUACAAGAAAUAUUGCUGAAGCUCAAUGAAAAUAACAAGAAUUAA